AUGGAUACCAUGAACGAGUUACCUCCAGAGCUCUUGGUGAAUAUCCUGAGUCGACUCAACGAUUCCGAAGCCCUAGCUCGAUGUCGAGUCGCUUCCAAGAUCUUGAACUCGCUUUGGAGAGAAAUUCGAGCCGUGAAUCUAAUCUGCACUUUGUCCCGGUACUCGAAAUCGCGGUCGAUCGCUGUCACACCGUUCAAGACGAUCUUUAAGAGCCUGAUCGAAGAUUCGAGAAACAUUCGCUCUGUAUCAGUCGGAGUCGAUAGGGCGCUUACUGGGAUUUUGUUUGACAACUUGAUUGAUGAGGAUGACUCCGAUGAAUUGUACCUGUCCGACGUCGAAUUCGUGAAGGAGUGGUUGCCUAGAGUCAGUGAAGACCUGGAGAUCUUGUCGAUUUCAGAUUUCUGGGUUCAGUCUUGCUGGAGAAACUCGGAAAUUUUGGCGCUCGUUUCUUCGAACUGUAGUAAGUUAGUAAAACUGGAGUUGAAGAAUGCUUGGCUCUCAGUUGUUGGCCUGACGCAGAUGCCUAAUCUCAGACAUCUUACCCUCGAAUUCAUCCGACUCGAUGAUGAGAAUCUAGAGAAGAUUAGUGAUUGUUUCUCUUUUCUUCAAGUGCUAAAUUUGAUUGGCGUUGGGGGACUCAAGGAACCGAGAAUCCAUUUUCUGCAUCUAAAGAGUUGCCAUUGGACGGUGUCGAAUGCUCCACUUUCCUUGGCUAUAGUGGCGCCAAACCUCCUUGAACUCGAGCUAAAAUGCAGCAAACCCAAAUCUCUUCUCCUUGAAACACCCAGAUUGGUGAAAUUCCAUCUUUCUGUAGAGAACACGAAUGGUGUGAGUUUUGCAGAGUUUCAAGAUCUGAAUAGUUUAGAGCUCAUAUCUCCUGACAUGUUCAGGCUAAUCAGCAAGACCCAUUUUGGCAACAAGAUAAGAAAGCUUGCAAUGGAUUCAGUCAAGUCCAUAGAAGAAUCGGAAAGGCUCAAACUUGGACUGGGAACACUCCUCGAAGCAUUCCCUGGCAUCAUUUCUCUUAGUUUGAGUCCCGUGACUUGGUCAAACAUCCAAACCCAUUUCCAAAGCAAAGGACUAGUACGUAUGAAGGGAGCAGAUACCCUGAAGCAAAUAACAGCGCGUGUUCAGAUGCUGGAUCACACCAGUGUUCAUCAAACAGUUUCUUUCAUCGUAUCUAUACUCAGUACCUGCACAAGUUUGACAGAGAUGAGACUGAUGAUUCACCAGAACACAGAUCCUAGCGUAAGAACCUUGCUGAUCUCUGCGUUCACGAUGAAUAAUCCGAGUGUGAGAUGGAAAUGGGGAAUGUGGGCUGAAGGAAUCGAAGAUAUGUGGGUCUCUGAUGGCGCCUAA